CAAUAAUGGAGGAGGAUAAUCUUGUAUGUGAACUUGAGACCUGUCUCUUUACCUUAGCAGUCGUUUAGAUGCCUAUAUAUGAUUUAAGUGGUAAAUGAUUUACGCUGAGGGAAGCGAAUUUUGUGGCGGAUAGCUUAGCUAAAUGGGGGAGCGAAUCCCAAAAUCUCCUGAUUCUUCAAGAGGUGAGAGAUUUGCCCCAUCUUAUUAGGGGCACCUCUUACUGGAGCUGGGUUCCCUUCGUUUAGGCUGACUUCUAUAAUUAGCAUAUGAUAGGAGUGGCCUUUUAGCCUUUUCUGAUGUCUGAGGGUCCCUCCCAAAAUUUGGAACAAGGAAUGGCAGUAGUUGUAUCCACCCUUCUUCAAAUGGUUAUCGAAAAACUAGCCUCCCCAAUCCUAGAACGGUGUGGAUUGUUGUGGGAUAUUGAUGAGGAGAUGGAAAAUCUAAGGAGUAAGUUAUCGACGAUACAAGCUGUGCUUGAAGAUGUGGAGGAGCAGCAAGUAAAGGACAAGGCACUGCAGAUUUGGCUGGGAAAGCUUAAAGACUUGGCUUCUGAUGCAGAUAACAUAUUGAAUGAAUUCCCAACAGAAGCAAAACGCAGAAAGGUAGAGAUUUCAGGGCGCAUUACGAAGGUAUGCAACUUCUUUUCGCCUUCCAAAAUAAAUUUGGGGAAUAAGAUAAAGGAAAUCGGACAGAGAUUAGAUGAGAUUGCUGGGGAGAGGUCCAAAUUCCAUUUGAGAUAGGAAGGACGGGCAUUGGAGAUAAGAGGACAAGAGCAAACUGACUCAUUUGUAACCGAAUCGGAAGUUUAUGGAAGGGAGGAAGAUAAGAAAAAGGCAAUGGAAUUACUGAUCAGCGAGGAUAGCCGAGAGGAUGUUACAGUCAUCCCCAUAGUCCGUUUGAAGGGUCUUGGGAAGACCACACUUGCUCAAUUGGCUUACAAUGACAAGACGGUAGCAAAGUAUUUCGAGCUAAGAAUUUGGGUCUGUGUAUCGGAUGAUUUUAAUGCGCAGAGGCUAACAAAAGAAAUUUUAGUCUCUAUUACCAAUAGUAAUUGGGAUCUUGAAAUUUUGGAUUUACUACAAUGUCACCUUCGAAAAAAGCUGAGUGGGAAGAAGUUUUUACUUGUGUUGGAUGAUGUAUCGAAUGAAAAUCUCGAGAAGUGGGGUCAAUUGAAACAAUUUCUCAGAGGUGGUGAUAGGGGUAGUAAGAUCAUAGUAACUACCUGUGGUGAAAAAGUUGCUUCAGUCAUGGGCACCCUCCCUUCACACCAUUUGCCAAGAUUAUUAGAAGAUGAUUGUUGGUCUGUGUUCAAGCAACAAGCAUUUGGGCAAGGACGACAAGAACAUCCAAACCUUGUAAUUCUUGGAAAGGAAAUUGUAAAGAAGUGAGAGGGUGUCCCUUUGGCGGCAAAGAUGCUUGGAAUCAUGAUGCACUUUAAAGCAGAGGAAAGAGAGUGGUUGCUUGUCAAAGAAAGUGAAAUUUGGAAUAAACUGUUGGAGGGUGAUUGUACAAACAUUAUGCAUAUAUGAGAAUCCAAGCUGCCUGAUUUUCUCUGUUGAAUGUGGACUAUUGGCUGAUUUUUGUCACCCCCCUUUUGCUUGAAGACUGUUACUUGGAAGAAUGGGAUUAUCUAAUUGAUGUGACAUUUAUACAGUUGCAUGUCAACCAUAGGAUAGAGCAUGGAUGUUUUUCAUGGCUUGCAAGUUCAUCAGCUGCUAGGCUUCCCAAAUAGGUUUCAGGAAGCAACGGUCACUUGCUUUUUGUAGUUGUAUCCUUCUGUUGAGUUAGAAAUGUAUAAAUGAAUGUCUACUAGAAGGAGAGGUUGUAUUUAUUUAAGAAAGCAUGUAAAAUGGAUAUUUAGUCUAAUUGUUAUGCUUGUUACAAGUACUGAUAUGGAUUUUAUGUACUAUAUUUAUGUUAAGGAAUUAAUCAGCCAUUGUAUUGA